GUUCCAAAAGAUGAAUAUAGUUAGCGCUUUGUGUGCGAAGUUUCGUUGUCAAUAAUCGACACCAUCGACACCAAAAAUAAAUUGUGCCGGAAUGAAUUAGAACCGAGAUUACAAAUUUCUGCAGACGUGGCUGAAACGUCUACAAUAUUCGAGUCCUCAUUUAACAGCAGAUACAAUUAUACAAGAAACCGCGCCUGAAUAUGCCAUAUAGCGAGGAACAUAUUAAGAACAAAGUAACCGAAGGAUUGAAAGCUUCACACGUGGGCUCGUUCUCGAAAUUCUUGCCGGCUAGUUUCGAUUUGAAGAUAGAUUUCGAAGUAAUCGCACUGCGAGGCCUCGCAUAAGGAAGAAUGCAAGGGAAACUGCAGCUCGCUUUGAUCUCUUCUUUUGCCGUUCUCUUGAGAUGCUGCAUUACUUACCAUUCCCACAGCGGAGAAGACAAGCCUCCCAUGUAUGGAGAUUAUGAAGCACAACGGCACUGGCAAGAAAUCACAUUAAAUCUACCCCCUGACAAGUGGUACAUCAAUACCACAGAUAACGAUCUACAAUAUUGGGGAUUAGAUUAUCCACCGUUGACAGCAUACCACAGUCUUCUGUUGGGUUACAUUGCGAAUAGAAUAAAUCCUUCCUUUGUAAGAUUGCACGAGUCCAGAGGACUCGAAACUGAGGAGCAUAAGUAUUUCAUGAGACUCACCGUCUUAAUCGCAGACAUACUGAUCUAUAUACCAGCAUUUAUAUAUUUUGUAAGCAAUUUGCGUUCAUGGAGCAAUUGUCAAUUUAAUGAAUCCAAUAUAUUCAAGUUUAGCAAGAGAGAUGCCAUCCUUCUGACAGCACUGAUUUAUCCAGGAUUGAUAUUGAUAGAUCAUGGACAUUUUCAAUACAAUUGUGUGUCACUGGGUUUCUUUGUCGCCGCUGUAGCUGCUAUAAUGCAAGAUUCAUUCAUCCUUGGCUCAAUUUUAUUCGUUUUAGCACUGAACUACAAGCAAAUGGAGUUGUAUCACGCUUUGCCUUUUUUCUUUUACAUACUUGGAAAUUAUACACCCAAUAAGGCAAAAUCUUGGGUUCAUUGCAUUCGCAUGUUGAUAUGUGUCUCUCUUGCGGUUUUGUUAACGUUUUUUAUUAUUUGGAUACCAUUUUUCAAAAACAAAGAUGUAUUUUUUAGUGCAGUGCUCAGAUUAUUCCCGUUUUCCAGAGGUGUAUUUGAAGACAAAGUCGCUAACGUAUGGUGCGUAAUCAAUGUUGUUUAUAAAUUACGGCAAAUUUUUACAAACGCGCAAUUAGCUAAGAUUUGUCUACUGGUAACAACAUGUGCAGCUUUGCCAAGUUGCAUCAAUUUAUAUUUGUUACCUACUAAAAAUGCAUUCUUAGUUUCCCUGAUCAAUUCCGCUCUAGCAUUCUUCCUUUUCUCAUUUCAAGUUCACGAGAAGUCCAUUCUUUUAGUUGCUGUACCGGUCUUACUGCACUUUCAUAAUGAUCCUCUUCCUUGUUUUUGGUUCUUGAUCACCUCGCAUUUCAGUAUGCUACCACUGUUUAUAAAAGAUGAUCUCUAUUUUGCUUAUCUUGGCACAAUGGUUUUUUAUUUCUGUUCCGUAUUUUGGAUGUGGCCUGAUAUAUUUUACAACCAUAAAACAAACAAUUUAUUAAAUAAAAGCAAAUUAAAAUUGAAGAAAGGCGGUAGAGUGCAACAACAUAAGAAAAAUAAAUCUGUCUUGAACUUGCCGGGCUACGAUAAAAAAUUUUGGCUUCUCCUUGCAUUUUACGGAUCUGUUUUAGGUAUAUUACUUCUCUCCAUUCUCAGCAAAUUUGUAAAACCUCCCGAAAGAUAUCCCGAUCUACUUCCGCUUCUAGUAUCGAUAUAUUCAUGCGGGCAUUUUCUAAUCUUCUUUGCGUAUUUUAAUUAUGUCCAAUUAUUCUCAACAAGAAAAAAAGGUUUUACAAAUAAAGUUAAGUCACAUUAAAUGACACAGCUGAUGAAAACAAAAUAUGUAAAUUACUAUGAAUAAUAAAUACAUAUAUAAAAAUAA